AUGGUAGCAGAAGUUGUAGACUACCGAGUUUCUCGACUUGUAGUCCUUUGUAAGGACUGUGGUUCUGAUGUUGGUCUCUACCCUUCUCGCCACAAAUGUAUAAUACCAGAAGCAAAAAAUGCACAACCACUCCCUUCCUAUCUGUCACCCAACAAAACUAACUCCAGUAAGCAGAGUAAUGACAAUAAUAAUAAAGAACAGUCUGCUGCUAGUUUGUGGAGCAAACUCAGGACUGUGAAUAACUGGAAAGAAAUGUCUGAAGACGACUCUGUCUCACCGACCCUUUCUGCCCCUGGUACAAAAUUGUGGGAUAAAUUAUUAAGUGCUGCAUCAUCGGCUUAUAGUUCUAUUGAAGAUAAUUCUGAUAAUGAGUCUGAGAAAGAUGAUUGGGAAGGUGAAACACAUAUUUCUCGUAUCUUACGUGAAUAUCAUCAACAGAAAACUGGUGAUAUUCCUGAUUGGUUAUAUGAUCCUAAGCCUACUUCUCCAGAAAGAGAACCUAUAAAAAAUCAUGUUUCCUCUCAUAUAAAUAACCCACCCGCUAAUAGACAUCCUGCAGAAAGUUACAAAAAUCCUUCACCAAAUAAUUCAAGACCUUUUCCCUCAAAUGAUAAUAACAGAGGUAGACCCCCGAGAAUUUAUGAUGAGAAUGAUGAUUUGUUAACACCAGGUCCACCCACAUCAUCUACGAAUCUCAUGAAUAGAAGUCAUGAUGUUAAUAAUCCAUCAAACAGAUUUAACAAUUAUGAUGAUCAAAGAAAAUUUGGUCCUCCACCUGUUCCAAAAAAUUAUGAUCCGAGAAUGUAUAAUGAUAGACCUCCAAAUAAUUAUGAUCCACGAUUUUAUAAUGAUAGGCCUGAUAGGCCACCAAAUAAUUAUGAUUUAAGGAUGUAUAAUGAUAGAUAUAACGAUAGAUAUAACGAUAGAUAUAACGAUAGAUAUAAUAAUAAUAGAUAUAAUGAUAGGUACAACGAUAGGUAUAAUGAUAGGACAAAAAUUGAUACGUCCCCACCCUUUCCACCACAACGAGGAAAUCAAUUACCGUCAAGAGUAUAUCCACCUUCUGACAAUAUUGCUAAAUUAUCCUCAAAAAAGUCACAGCAACUAUUACGUGUAAAUCCUGCCGAGUAUUAUUCUAAUGUUAAUAGGGCAAGAAGUGUUAGUCCUAAGCCUUCAUUUCUUGAUCGGGGUGGUAAACAACCAAAAAAUAAUAGAUCCGGUGCAUACUUCUAA